AUGGCCGAGGAAAAGCCUCUGCCCUUUGUCUACCAGUUCGCCGCCGGCGCCAUUGCCGGUGUUUCUGAGAUUCUGGUCAUGUACCCAUUGGACGUUGUCAAGACUCGAGUUCAAUUGCAAACCGGUACCGCUACCGGCGAGAGUUACAAUGGCAUGGUCGACUGCUUCCGCAAGAUUAUCAAAAAUGAAGGCUUCUCCCGCCUCUAUCGCGGCAUCACGGCUCCCAUCUUGAUGGAAGCCCCCAAGCGUGCCACCAAGUUUGCAGCCAAUGACGAAUGGGGCAAGUUCUACCGCAACAUGUUUGGCGUCACCCAGAUGAACCAGUCGCUCUCCGUCCUUACCGGCGCCACCGCUGGUGCUACCGAGUCAUUUGUCGUCGUUCCCUUUGAGCUUGUCAAGAUUCGUCUCCAGGACAAGGCCUCGGCCGGCAAAUACAAGGGCAUGGUCGACUGUGUCGUCAAAACGGUCCGCAACGAGGGCGUCCUCACCAUGUACCAGGGUCUCGAGUCUACCUUGUGGCGCCACAUUCUUUGGAACGCUGGCUACUUUGGCUGCAUUUUCCAGGUCCGUCAAAUGCUCCCCAAACAAGACACCAAGAGCGGCAAGAUGACCAACGACCUCAUCUCCGGCGCCGUCGGUGGUACCGUCGGCACCAUCCUCAACACACCCAUGGAUGUCGUCAAGAGUAGAAUUCAAAAUACUCCCAAGGUGGCCGGCCAGAUCCCCAAGUACAACUGGGCCUGGCCCGGCGUGGUCACCGUGUUCAGAGAAGAGGGCUUUGGCGCUCUCUACAAGGGUUUCCUUCCCAAGGUCCUUCGUCUUGGCCCCGGAGGCGGUAUUCUCCUCGUCGUCUUCACUACCGUCAUGGACACUUUCCGCCAGUGGCAAGUUUAA